AUGUCGGGCACUUCCCCUCUUCUACCUACCCGCACCGGUACCCCAUUCGACCGUCUGCCGAACGAGAUUUUGAUGGAAAUAUUCAAGGACUUCUGGGAUCUGAGGCUGGGAAGUCCUUGGUACAGUAAACCCGGAUCUCUAGCAGCCCUUCCCCUUUGUUCCGUGUCUCGACGCUGGCGCGAGGUCGCCCUUGCUGUUCCCCAGCUCUGGUCAUACAUUCACGUCAAAACUCCGGCCGAUAUCGAGUGGAUGAAGUUCGCAAGGACGCGCUCGCGACAUCACCCCAUCACCCUUUCGGUCGAGAUUCCCGACGAAGAUACGUUGGCCGCGGUGCUCCGAGCGCUCGAGGAUUGCCGUGGGCUGAUAUGCAACCUGAGUAUCAGUUUGGCCGAUGAUGAAGAUGGUGCUUGGGAAGAUGGUAUAGAACUUGCGGAGCUGACUAUGGGCUUUCUCAACGCCGGAAUGCCUGCCCUGGUCACUCUCGCCGUCAGCAUACCCGACUGGCCAGAGCUGGAACCCCCGGAAGCCUUGCUCAUGCUGGACGCCUCCCAGGUCCCGCGUCUUCGCGAGCUCAAAGUCUAUCGCCUCCAGCUGUCAUGGAUGCCCGAUAUAUUUGCUAGGCUGCGUAAACUCUGCAUGGGAAACUGUCGCGGCGACCGCAGUCUUCCGACAUCCGAGUUCCUGGACGUUCUCGCGAUUGCUCAGCAGCUCGAGGACGUGUCUAUGGAGGACGGAAUGCCCUUCCACAAUCACGCGGCAGUCCCUGCGCUGGAUAAACUCGACAGGCCCAUCGCGAUCUCAAACCUACGCAGGCUCGACAUCCACGACGACGACGAGUUUAUCUAUGCCCUUCUGCAGUGCGUACGUCUGCCUAUCGGGAUCGAUGUGGACUUCGAGGUGUACGUGACGGGGACGUGGGAUGACAAACUCUCUGGGUUGUUGCCAAUGUCCAUUCCGGACGACCCCGCCAACGUGCAUUUCCUCGGAACCACGACCUCCGCAUCUAUUUCUUUCCCCGUGGACGGCUAUGGCAAGGACUAUGCAUAUCUCUCUUGCGACAAUGCGGACGCUGGACGCCUUGACAUAACAUUCGCAUUCUUCGCUUACGAAGAGCCGCCUUUCAUGCGCUCGCAGUGCAUCUUGGAGGACUUCAGGGCCCUCUUCCGCCGGGCGCCCCUGCAACGGCUCUCCAUCACAUGCGACUUCAUCCACAUCCCAUACGACCUAUGGGUCGAGGUCUUCCGUACCUUUCCCUCUAUCAGCGAGCUGCAAUUCUCCGGAAAGGGCUUCCCAGGUCGGCUGCUGGCCGCUUUCAGCGCCACCCGCUGUGCAGCGGGGAGCGCGUCCGAGGCACUUCCCUCUCCUCCCAAUUUGCCAAACCUGGAGACGUUCACCCUCACGCGCUUUCCGUGGCACCGCGAUCUCUUUGGCGCAAUCGUGCGCACUUUCGAGGGGCGGGCGGAGGCAGGCGUGUCGAGGAUGCGGCAGGUGCACGUCGAACUUCGUGGGAGGCAGCAGAACUCGUAUCUGAAUAAGAUACUUCGUGGCAAUCUUGCCGCGCUGAGAAAACACUGUGAUGUGGUUGUCUACAAGGACGCGAAGUAA